UUGCUCGACUUCCAUUGGAUACAAGGGGAGAUUUCAGAGGAACGUUAGAUCUUUUUGCCCGCUCUUGUGGAUAGACAUUUCGAAAAUGUCUGAACCCACUGUUGCUGACACGCGCCGUUUAAAUAGCAAACCCCAAGAUCUUACCGAUGCAUAUGGCCCCCCUAGCAACUUUCUUGAAAUUGAUGUCUAUGAUCCGCAGACUGUUGGAGUAGGCCGGAACCGUUUCACCACUUAUGAAGUACGAAUGCGGACAAACCUGCCAAUCUUCAAAACGAAGGACACUUGCGUCCGGAGGCGAUACAGUGACUUUGAGUGGUUGAAGAAUGAGCUUGAGAGAGAUAGCAAGAUUGUGGUGCCCCCACUACCUGGCAAAGCCCUCAAAAGGCAACUGCCCUUCCGGGGAGAUGAAGGCAUCUUUGAAGAUUCCUUCAUUGAGGAGCGGAGAGUUGGCUUGGAGCAGUUCAUUAAUAGAAUUGCUGGUCACCCCUUGGCCCAGAAUGAACGCUGCCUUCAUAUGUUUCUGCAAGAUGAGAGCAUUGACCGAAACUACAUUCCUGGAAAAGUGUGAAUAAAUUUUUAAUCAGCCAUGUUGAUGUGGGGAAAUGAAGAAACAUCGUCCAGCCUUGAGUCACAGUGAUGCACAAAGCUGUGUUUCAACAGCACCCCACUCCACCACAGACCCUGCUCCCUUUCUUCAUCUGUAAAUAUGUAAAUAUAUACCCAAGUCUGAGGACACUGCUGAAGUCAAUAAUUUAUUAAAGUCCUGACUUCCCAAAGAAUUCAUUGCGCAUGUUGCACAAAUACAAUGUGCAGUUAUUGGACAAAAAUGCAUAAGACGUAAUGUGUUGGAUUUCAUGUGCUUACUAUUUCUAUUGAUGGUGAAAUGCACAUAUAUUAUAGCCCAUGAAAAUAACAACAGGAAUCAUAACAAAAGUAUUACAUUGAUGUUAUUUCUUUUCUAGACAGAUUGUUAAUGCUACCUCAAUUAGAAUGUCUGAUUCAAACCUGGCCAAUACAUGAUCAAGCCUGUGAUCUUUUUGUAUUUUUACAUUUAGCUUGAGAAUAAUUGUGUUGAAAAACAUGUCACCAAGAUGCAGUUAUUCACUAUUAAAGGUUUUUAAUAGUC